AUGAAGUUGACGCUGGUGCAGAUCUUUUUCAUGUUACUGUUGCUGAUGCUAGGCCUGGGGCUGGGGCUGGGUUUGGGCCUCCGUAUGGCCGCUGCAGUCCUGGAGGACAACGAUCAGUCACUGGAUAAGUUUUGGGCCGGUAACUUCUAUGGCAGGGCUGAGGACACCUUACUGUCAGAAAAUCCGGUGAUUAUCACCCAACCAGAAGCCCAGCGGGAAGAGACUAUCUCCAAUGAAGAUGAGGUUGGGAAUAACAAGAUGCUCAGGUCUAAUGUUCUCUCAGGUCAGAGCAGCAAAGACUCCGUUGAGCAUGACCUGUUGUCCAGGGAGUGCAAUAACUUGAUGGCCCACAAGAUGAAGACAUCCAAUCAGACCUGCUUAGCCCAGUACACCUUCAUCCAUGAGGAUGAAGACACGGUCAAUUCUGUCUGUAAGAAUCCAGUUGUUGCCUGUGAGCUCAAAGGGGGAAAGUGUCACAGAAGCUCCCGCCCUUUUGAUGUAACACACUGUAAGUUGUCCAAAGCAGGCCAGCUCACUCCACACUGCAACUAUGUAACUUUCAUGCUUCAAAAGUUCAUCCUUAUAACCUGUAAUGACAUGAAGCCCCACUUAUGGCAGAGAUGGUGA